UUCAUUCAAUAAAUUUAUCUAUAUGUCAUACUACUAACAAAAGACAAUUUGAGUUAGUUUUUGGUUAUAAACCUCAUGAUAAUUGUGUUCUUCUUAAUCAAAUUUGGUUUCAAGAAAUUAGAAAUGAGGAAAAUAUUCUUGAUGAUGUUCAAAUUAAAGAGUAUUAUGACAUUCAGUUUAAUAAUAAUAAUGAGGAUAAUAUCUAG